AUGAAUGUUCUGAUCGUUUCAGAAGUGAAAGACUCGACGACGACGACGACGAGUGGGAUUCGUCGGAGUGCUUGCACAAUUCCGAAGUCCAAUAAUUCACGUGAAUGUUUUGUGUGUGAUGAUGAUGAUCGUACAAAAAGGGUGAAUCGUGGUGAUGCUUGGAGCGGUACUUUUAAUCAUCAUUGUUAUGACGAGUCGAAUGGUUGCAACGCUCGUUCCAUCAUCACGUCUGAAAUUUCAUCAUCAUCGUUAGACUCUUCAUCAAGAUCCACUUUAUCCAAAUUUUCAUCAUCUUCAUCCCCUCUUAAAUUAUUGAAUUCCAUUCCGCUUGUAUCCCUUCUUGUUUUCCUUCUUCUCCUCUCAUUCAUAGGCUCCAAGUUGGUGUGUGCCCAAGAUUUUUGUAAAACCUUCUCCGAUUGCACGAGUUGUGUUGAGGCUGCUGAUAAUUCAUGUCUAUGGUGUGCUACAUCGGAUACUUGUGUCUCGGUCGUUUCGGUUUUUGAUGAAUCCACAGGUUCUUACCAAUUGUCGACCUCUCAAUGUCCCAUCCCGAACGAGCCUAUCUCGCUCUUUACUGAGAUGUGCAUGGAUCCACUUUUUGAAACAUGUGGUAAUAGACAAUUACCCAAUAUUGUGGAGUCCAAUAGUAGCAUCUUUCAACAUCCAUCUACAAAUCCAACCCAAAGCAACAAACUUCAAGAUAUUUCGAAAUGUCAUGAUCACUUGGAUUGUGUCUCUGAUAAGGAUUGUGUUUAUAUUUCUAAAGGUUUUUUCACAGUCACAGGUACAAAUCCCUCUGAUGAUGGUAAAAGUAGAGUGAUUCCAUUGGGAAUUAAUGGAACGUGUUGGAGAGCUUUACCAAUUUUAGGAAGUCCCACUUCUCGUACUGUGCAUCGUGGAGGCCUAGUUUAUUAUAUCGAAUCUGAAGAAUCCUAUUAUGCAACCUGUAUCAUUCGUGAAGUUUAUUAUUGGGUGAUUAUUGCUGCAAGUAUUGCUGCUAUAGGAUGUUGUGUAUGCACUGGGUGCAUUUGUUGCUUGUGUUGUUUCUGCUUGUACUGUAAGCGAGAUCGAAGAUAUAUUUCGCUUAAUAGUUAG